GAGUUUGAACUAAACGUCCACAGUCUCUCCUUGAACCUGACCGUGUGCAGAUCCAGCAAUACAUUCUCUGCAUGUCAUUGCCUACUGUGACUCGCCACUCCAUUUGCUUCGGUUGUUAGCUUUCUUAUUCAAACAAUUCCCGAAAGUAAGGAAAAUCAUCUUGAUUGGAUCCAGAGGAAACUUGCGAAUAUGUUGGUAUUGUUUGCGAUUUUAACAACCAUCGCCAUGAGUUGUGAAGUAAAAUGUUGUAGUAACGAGAGUAAUAUUGCUCUUCAAACUGAUAAAGUGUAUGAAUUCAAAACUAUUAAUGAGUUCGGCGUAGACCCAGGCACGUCAUACACAUGCGUUUUCGAAGGCUUUGCCCCCUUUGGACAAAAAGUUUCCGUGCUCUGCCACCCCCUGUCCAUCAUGUACGACCGCGACUGCAAAUACGCUAAGUUCUUGUAUUCACCUUCCGGGGAUACCGACUACGCCGAUGCCGUGACUUAUUGUGGCUACACUCAGGCGCUGAAUUUUACGCCGCUUACUAACAGAGUAGCGCUGAAAUUCAUCAACACGGUCCCUGAGGAUGUCCCUCUGCCAGGAUACUAUUGUUACGUAGGCUCUCGACCCUCUUUCAUCAGAAAUAGUGCUACGAUAAGGACUCCGACGGCUGCGUCUCUCGCCAAAGCUAAGCUCUUCUCAACUGCCUCCGUCGUAAGCAACUGUUACUGUGGAUUCGAGAAUCCAGGGCCAAGAGUGGCAGGUGGAGAUACUGCGUCGACGGCUGAAUAUCCUUGGAUGGUUGGGGUCAUUAAAAUUGAAAUAAACAGGCCUAACUGCGGAGGAAGCCUCAUUUCCAAUCAGUGGGUGCUGACAGCCGCGCACUGCAUGAUAGGUGAAACACUCGAGACCUUAGAGGUAUUGCUGGGUACAAAUCUGGUUGGGCUAAAUCAGCAGUCCGGCAGAAGAGUUAAGGUAUCUCGGAUAAUUAUCCAUCCUUAUUAUAAUGGAGUUACGUAUGAUAGUGACAUUGGCUUGCUGAAGUUGGCUGCCCGAGUGACUUAUUCGAACAUAAUAUCCCCCGUGUGUCUACCAUUCAAUAUGCGGCAGUCGGACUACGAAGGUACUUAUGGAACUGUAACGGGGUGGGGCAGGGUUGGUGAACUAGAAGAUCUGUCUGAAGUUCUAAAAGAAGUUGAUCUCCGCAUCAUAGGCUUUAAAGAAUGUAUUGCAUACUACCCCGGCAGUUCGCUGUAUGAAGUCACGGAUAAUAUGUUAUGCACCCUAAGACCUGGCCAGGACUCGUGUAGAGGAGAUUCAGGUGGUCCGCUGACCGUCCAGUUUAAGGGACGUCACAUCCAGCUGGGGAUUGUAUCCUGGAGCCUCCCGCCGUGUGCAGAUCCCUUAAAACCAGGAGUCUAUACGAAAGUUACUAAUUACCUUGAAUGGAUCGAAGAAAACACAGAAGAGACGUUCUGUAAAAGGAAAUUCACGAAUAUGAUGGUAUUAUUUGCGAUUGUAGUAACUCUCGCCUUGUGGGGUGAAGUGAAAUGUUGUAGUAACGAGAUAAAUGUUGCUCUUCAAACUGGUAAAGUAUACGAAUUCUUAUCUUUCAAUGUAAUCAGCGAAGGCCCAGGCACGUCACACACCUGCGUUUUCGAAGGCUAUGCCCCUUAUGGCCAAAAAAUUUCCGUGCUCUGCCACCCCUUGUCCAUCAUGUACGACCGCGACUGCAGAUACGCAAAGUUCCUGUAUUCGCCUUCCGGGGAUACCAACUAUGCCGAUGCCGUGACUUAUUGUGGCUAUCGUCAGUCGCUGAUUUUUACGACGGCCACUAACAGAGUAGCGCUGAAAUUCAUCAACACGGUCCCUGAGGAUGUCAAUCUGCCAGGAUACUAUUGUUACGUAGGCACUCCGCCUCCCACUCUCGUUAGAACUACUGCAACGAUAAGGACUCCAACGACAGCUACUUCCACCCAAGCCCCCUCCGUAAGUAACUGUGACUGUGGAUUCGAGUAUCCAGCGCCAAGAGUGGUUGGAGGUGGCGCUGCGUCGACGGCUGAAUAUCCUUGGAUGGUUGGCAUCGCUAAUAGAGGAAUAGACGAUCCGUUUUGUGGAGGAAGCCUAAUUUCCAAUCAGUGGGUGCUGACGGCCGCGCACUGCAUGAAAGAUGAAGCAAUGGAGAACGUUGAGGUAGUGCUGGGUACAAAUACGUUUGGGCUAAACGGAAAGUCCGGCAGAAGAGUAAAUGUAUCUCUGGUAAUUAUCCAUCCUUAUUCCGGCAUUAAUCUUGGUUAUGACAUUGCCUUGCUGAAAUUGGCUGCCCGAGUGACGUAUUCGAACAGAAUUUCCCCAGUAUGUCUACCUUUCAAUUUGCAACACUCGGACUACGAAGGUACUUAUGGAACUGUAACAGGGUGGGGCAGGGCUAGUGUACAAGGGGAAUCGUCUAAAGUGCUAAAGGAAGUUAAUCUCCGCAUCAUAAACAACAAAGAGUGCACUUUUUACUACCGCGGCAAGGAAUAUUUGGCCAUCACUGACAAUAUCGUCUGCACUUUAAGAACUGAUGGCCAAUCCGGGUGCGACGGAGAUUCGGGAGGUCCGCUGACCGUCCAGUCUAAGGGACGUCACUUUCAGCUGGGAAUCGUAAUGGGAGGCCUCCAACCGUGUACAGAUCCUUUACACCCCGGGUUAUAUGAGAAGGUUGCUAAUCACCUUCAAUGGAUUGAAUACAACACGAGAGAGACCUUCUGCCGCGCGAAUUAAUAUGCCAAUCCCAUGGUAAAUAUAAAGUUUCUGAUGCAGCUUAAAAAUUGUACAGGUAAUGUUUUUGUAAUUCACUGAAGUGGAGCUCGUAGGAUGAUUGUGUAGAACCUUAGCAAAUUAUUUACGAUUUCCAUUUGUUACGCGCUAAUAGUUGAGCAAUAAAACGUAAAUUUAUGUAGAUUUUUUGGCUCGAAGUAUUGACGUAAUAUAACAGUAGUUUUCUUACCUAAUAAAUACGAAGCAAAUUAUUCUCCGAUUGAUUAAAAGGAAAAGACCGAUAGUUAUUUAGUUAAAUACCGCCUCAUUCUCCUUGCCGUAAAUGUUUGCAUAUCGAAUCAUGAACAGAUGUUAAUCAUUCAAAGAAAUUGUUGUUACCGGACUUGAAAAUGGAUAAUGGAAAAUUGUUAAUAAACUUAAUUAUGGCUAUCCAAAUUCUCGUUUAGAAUGCCUCCCAAUGUUUAAAAUAGCUUUCGCUUAAUUUUCAUAGGAACAUGUUGUAGCAAAAACAAUUGCGCAAGAUGCAGAAAAUGUGAGUGAUGCGAAUGAAUGGAAACCGUCUGUCAAGCUCGAAUGAUAGUCUCCAUAAAACGUUCUUGUACUUAGUAGGCGUUUGCAUGUACAAUUUUCGUGUACUAAUGCUGAUAAAAUUACUGGACUGGUUGGAUUGAUCGGAUAUAACGUGUCCGUGGCAACGGUACAACCUCGACCGUUAACCAUGCAAUGUGUUGAAAGAUUUUAAUUUCUGGAAGAAAUCUACGUAAUGACGUCGACCUGAACUAUAAUAGGACUCUUCAUGGUCGAGCAGUGGAAAAUGAAAUCAUAGACCGGUUCUCCAGAUCUUCUGCAUUCGAUAUUAAAGGAUUGAAGACUCUUGCUGAAUAUUGUUUCGCCUGUUCUGGCUAAAGAGGAUGGGUGCCUAUAUAUAAAUAAAAAAAUUUAACAAGGGUCCUAGUUGGUAUUUAGAGUUCAUUUUGAGUUCAAACCUCUUGAUUUAGCUUAAACUGCUGGAAUCUCUCUUGAUUUUUAGAAACCUAUAUUGAUUUUUGGAACUGCUGGAAUUGGCCUGGUAUAUCACUCCAGAGUUUUUUGUCGAUGCUAAGCCCUUUCAUGAUCAAUUGUAGGUACUGUAGUGUAUGUAUAAAAAUGCAUUGAUCUGUACUAAAGUGCAGGGCCGCCAACUGAAGUUGAAUCUCGAAACGUUUCUUCAGAUCGACAGUAUUCGAUGUUGAAGAAUUGACGAAUCGUCUCGACUGGCGCUUGAUGACUGUUCAUCUACUUAUGUCUGAAAUUCAAUAUGGAGAGGCCUAGGUGGUAUUUAGUUGAUCAUAUUUGUAUCUAUAAACAUCUGUGUUUGAUUGACAUAAAGUUAUGUUGCCGGCUCAGUAGCACUGCUGAGUUUUGAAGAUUCUUUUUGCGUGUUCUGAAUAAAUGUCAUAUACUCGAAUCCGGGUCGAAUAUUUAGAUUCGAGAAACACUUGCUGGUGAUUGGAAAUAAAUGUAGCAUUCAUUUCGUUACAACCGCAGAUUUUCAAAUUCUCAUUUCCUGGUCAUGAAUGUUUCUGAUAUCAAAUGUUAAAUUGCCACGUCAAGUUAAAAUGUCCAAUGCAAAAAUUAUUAAUAAAGUUUGUGGAGUCAUAUGACGUCGGCAUGGAUUUUU